AUGGACGAUCCCGGUCACCACGUCGCUGAUCACAAUCCCAAGCGGAGCCGCCACCCCGGCGGAUCCUGCGCCGGCCAUCACGCCGAUCUGAUCUGCGCCCUCCCCGACGACCUCCUGAUCGCGAUUCUCUUGCGCGUGGGCGACUCGCGCACCGCGGUGUCCACGUCCGCGCUUUCGCGGCGCUGGCGGCGGCUCGACCCCGCCCGCUGGUUCCCCGCGUUUGACUUCUCCGUCGGCGAUCACCUCCCGCCGCAAUACGCGGCGACCCUGGAUUGCUACCGCAACGCACAACAGGGCAGGGAUGAUGAGGCGCGGCGGGCGCUCGCCCGGCAGGUCUUCACCUGCGAGGACCGCGCCAUGGAAGCCUACGUGCGCGAGCUCGCUCGCUUCCUCGGCUCCCCCGAACUCUACCCGGCCGCUAGGUCCCUCCGCCUCGAGUUCUACGUCACGCCGCCGGAGGAACGACACAAUGAUGCCGCUUCCACCGCCGUCGGGAGGGCCAUGGCAGCGUGCGUCGCUUCAGCCUUGCGCUGGCCCCAGCUCGAGCGCCUCGCCAUCUACGCCUUCCCACGCGGCGUGGCGGCGGCGGCGGCGGCGUUCGGGGCCCACGAAACCUCGGACCCGGAGUUCAUCGAGGCGCUGCGGCUGACGGACAGCCGCCUCGCGACCCUUCACGUCAAGAACUGCCUGACGAAGAGCGGCGGCGGCUACGGGCUGCUAUUCCCCGCCCUGUCAAGGCUCACCAUCGAGACCACGCCGGGGGUCAAGGCUGUCUUCCCGAGGAGCUACUUCAACGACCUCCUACAAUCAUGCCGUGGCCUCGUGUUCCUGCGCCUUGUGUCGUGCAACUUCGCCGCCGGCGUCGCGGCACUGCCGUUCAAGCUGGACCUGUCGCCGGCGUCGAAGCUCGCGGAGCUCGUCUUGUCGGCCUGCAACUUCGAGGACGUCAGACUCGUCAACACGCCGAGCCUGGAGAGGCUGGUGAUCCACAAGUGCGAUCGGCUCUGCCUUACUGUCGACAUCGCCCCAAGGCUGGCGACCCUGGUGUGCCGGGGUACGGCGCCAUGGAUAUACGGUAGCGGCACGGCAAGGACCCUCCGGUUCGUCGAGUUGAGCUCCUUGAAUUCCAGGCAGAGCCAGGAGAGACUGGAAUCCUUCUUCCAGUGCGUUCCUAAAGUCGAAGUGCUGGAACUAUGCUUCCGGGAUGGAUGGGUAAACAGGUUUUGGGUUCAACCCACCAAAUUCCCGAAUAGAUUUGAGAAUCUCAAAAAGUUACUGAUACACCUUCCAAGGAUGUGGCCACUCCGUUGGAUCAAGAAAUUACUGAAAAAUUUACUAGAAGCUGCAACAUGCUUGGAGAAGCUUCACAUCCAGUUUUUUGCACCGUCACCGGGGACAUCCGAAGAAUGGGGCUCAACUCCUUCCAACGGCAGUGCAGAUGAUUUGCAGCACAAUUGCCUGACGCAGAUUGUAAUGGAGGGAUGUACAUGGACAGAAGGCCAAAUCACACUGAUUAGGCAUUUGUUGAGUUCAUGUGGGGCUCUUAAGACGGUUCUUUUAAUUCCGCACCAUGCUCGACAGGGAGGCGUUGCAUACUUGCAUGCCCAUUGUGGUUGA